AUGGCAAACGUCAAUCCCCCUCAGCAAGCCGUAACCGAGCAAAACCAGCAACAGAUGCAGGAACAGAUGCAGCAGAUGCAGCAACAGAUGCAGCAGAUGCAGCAACAGAUGCAGCAGAUGCAGCAACAGAUACAGCAACUCCGCACCACAGGACACCAGGCUAGCGAGUACAAUUCUAUUGCCCGCCUUGACAACGCUUGUAUUAGGAGGAACAGCGACUCUAUAACCGCACUCCGUGACUAUACAACAAACGCCAGUAUUCCAGGUUUUCCUGUCACACCCGCUCAGCUUUGGAAUAUGCAAGGUCCUGUGCUAGAUCAGGUCUUAACAGCACUAGGCCUGCCUACGGACUCAGGUUGA